CUCCGCUGCGGCCCCGGCUCCCGGGGUGAUGCCAUGCCCCGCAACCACGGCGGCGGGGAGGAGGGCAGCUCCGCGGGGCUCUGGGUGAAGAGCGAAGCGGCGGCGGGCAUGAAGGAUGUGGAGUCGGGCCGGGGCAGGGCGCUGGCGAGCGCGGCGGCCCGCGGCGACGGCCUGCUGCUCCUGGGCACCGGCGGCGCGGCCGCCCCCGCCGGGCUGCGGGAGGGCCGCCGAGGGAAGCACGGCGCCCGCAUGAGCCUACUGGGGAAGCCGCUGUCGUACAGCAGCGGGCCGAGCUGCCGCCGGAACGCCAAGUACCGCCGCCUGCAGAACUACCUGUACAACGUGCUGGAGCGGCCCCGCGGCUGGGCCUUCGUCUACCACGCCUUCGUUUUUCUCCUUGUGUUUGGUUGCUUGAUUUUGUCCGUGUUUUCUACUAUUCCUGAACACACAAAACUUGCCUCUGGUUGUCUCUUCAUUUUGGAAUUUGUCAUGAUUGUUGUCUUUGGUUUGGAAUUUAUUAUUCGUAUCUGGUCUGCUGGAUGCUGUUGUCGAUACCGAGGAUGGCAAGGAAGACUGCGCUUUGCAAGGAAACCAUUCUGUGUAAUAGACAUCAUUGUUCUCAUCGCUUCAAUAGCAGUUGUUUCUGCAAAAACUCAGGGUAACAUUUUUGCAACAUCAGCACUGAGAAGUCUUCGUUUCCUACAGAUCCUUCGUAUGGUGCGCAUGGACCGAAGAGGAGGCACUUGGAAAUUGUUAGGUUCAGUAGUUUAUGCACAUAGCAAGGAAUUAAUCACAGCCUGGUACAUAGGAUUUUUAGUACUCAUCUUUUCAUCUUUCCUGGUUUAUCUGGUGGAAAAAGAUGCAAAUAACCAGUUCUCCACAUAUGCAGAUGCUCUCUGGUGGGGCACAAUCACAUUGACAACCAUUGGCUAUGGAGACAAAACUCCUCUUACUUGGCUUGGAAGGUUGCUUUCUGCAGGAUUUGCUCUACUUGGCAUUUCUUUCUUUGCACUACCUGCUGGUAUCCUUGGCUCAGGAUUUGCUUUAAAAGUGCAGGAACAGCAUCGGCAGAAACACUUUGAGAAAAGAAGGAACCCAGCUGCCAGUCUAAUUCAGUGUGUAUGGCGUAGUUAUGCGGCUGAUGAGAAAUCGGUUUCCAUUGCUACCUGGAAGCCUCAUUUGAAGGCCUUGCAUACCUGCAGCCCUACAAAAAAAGAACAAGGGGAAGCUUCUAGCAGUAAGCUUUGUAGUAAUAAAGAGAAGCUCUUCAGGAUGUACACCCCUCGGAAACAUAGUCAAAAGCUAAGUUUUAAGGAGCGGGUCCGGAUGGCCAGCCCACGAGGUCAGAGUAUAAAGAACAGGCAGUCUUCAGUUGGAGAUCGCCGGUCACCAAGUGCUGACAUUGCCACUGAGGGCAGCCCAACCAAAGUCCAGAAGAGCUGGAGCUUCAAUGACCGAACACGCUUCAGGCCCUCACUGCGGCUGAAGAGCUCGCAGCCCAAACCUGUGGUUGACGCUGACACCAGUCUUGGAACAGAUGAUGUUUACGAUGAUAAAGGGUGCCAGUGUGAUGUGUCAGUAGAAGAUCUCACCCCUGCUCUUAAAACUGUCAUCAGAGCAAUCAGAAUUAUGAAAUUUCAUGUUGCAAAGAGGAAGUUUAAGGAAACACUGCGUCCAUAUGAUGUCAAAGAUGUCAUUGAGCAGUAUUCAGCAGGUCAUCUAGACAUGUUAUGCAGGAUUAAGAGUCUUCAGUCUCGUGUUGACCAAAUUCUUGGGAAAGGACAAAUCACAGCAGAUAAAAGAAGCAGAGAAAAGAAUCCUGCAGAGAAUGAGACAACUGAUGACCUCAGUAUGUUAGGACGUGUCGUCAAGGUGGAGAAACAGGUACAAUCCAUUGAGUCGAAAUUGGACUGUCUAUUAGAUAUUUAUCAACAAGUUUUGAGAAAAGGAUCUGCAUCUGCACUCACUUUGGCUUCAUUUCAAAUGCCAGCUUUUGAGUGUGAGCAGACUUCUGAUUACCAGAGUCCAUCAGACAGCAAAGAUUUGUCCAAUUCUGCACAAAUUAGUGGAUGUGUAUCCAGAUCAGCUAGUGCCAAUCUUCCUCGUGGCCUGCAGCUUAUACUGACACCAAAUGAAUUUAGCACUCAGGCUUACUAUGCUUUCAGUCCAGCUAUGCAUAGUCAAGCAAUGCAAGUGCCAAAUGAUGGACCUGCAACAGUUAAUAAUACAUCAAACCAAAUGAACCAGGCAACUAAGCCAGCAACUCCAACAACAUUACAAAUACCACCUUUCUCAUCAAUGAAGCAUAUCAAUAGGCCUGAGCCCGUUCAUAUUAUUCCUGUAACCACACAGGAAAAUAUUUCCGAUGUCACCGCUUGCCUUGUUGCAUCAAAGGAUAACGGACAAGUUGCACAGCCCAGUGCGACGAAGGAUCUCACAUGGAGAAAAUGUCUGGAUACAGAAGGGGAACCUUUGCUCUCAGUUAAACCUGUGGUGCAAAUGGAUUUAGGAAAAUCUUUAUCUGUACAAAACCUUAUACAAUCAACAGAAGAACUGAAUGUACAGAUGGCUGGCAGUGACUCCAGUGGUUCCAGAGGUAGCCAAGAUGUAUACUCCAAAUGGAGGGAGUCAAAAUUAUUUAUAACUGAUGAAGAGUUGGAGACAGAGGCAGGAACAGAGACUACUGAAGCCAUCUCGCGCCCGUUAGUGGAAACAACUCUCUCUGCUGACUCUCUAAGGACUGGAAUAUCAAGAUCAUCUCAAAGCAUCUACAAGCCAGGGGACGGUACAGAAGCACUCAAUCUGCUCCAUGUCAAACUUAAAUAACAGCUUGUGGGCUUUCUUCAUUGGCUGGGUCAUUCCUCUAGUCAUACAUAUCAUAGCAUGAACUGUUUUGAAAGCCUUUUUAAUAAGAUAAAAUCACAAAAAUCAGGAUGAAUCUGCAAAGCAGUUGAAUGAGCCCGUAUCUCCUAGUUGCAUGUAAAUGCAUGUUUAAGUGAUGGCUAAGAUUCAGAUUUACACCUACAGUACGGCAGCCUUUAAUGUAGUACAGUAGGUUAAAUAAUGAGUUGCCUACAAAGCUAAUGCUGCAGGAUGUAUCAAAAACCAAAAUUCGAGCAUUUAGACCUAGUGCUGUUUUUACAGGGCAGAAGUAAAAAUUGUAAGGUUUAAAGCACUUUGCUUCUGAACGAGUUAAAUAUAUAUAUAUAAUGUCCUGAUUUAGAUGAUAGUUUAUGUUUACAACAAUGAAAAUUACCUACAGCUGCUAGCAAGGUACCAAGGAAGCCAGUAAUAUGGGAUCAGAAACGGCUGCCAGUUGCAAGAUACACCCAUUAGCUUGUCAUAAUCAGUUAUUUUUAACUCUGAAAACCAGUAUGUUAAUAUCCAUCCAGUUUUUGGUGAUUUAGUGUUUUGGCAAAAGAACCUGACACACCACUAUCAUGUUGAGUUUUUUAUAACAAGAGCAUUCUUUUGUUAUGAAAAGUUUGUAUUUUAAGAGUUGGGGCUGGCCUUAGAAGGGGAUAACCUGUGUGACUGCGCUAAAAAUUAUGGGGAAUCUCUCAUUCUUCCUGUCUCAUUGAGAAGUUAGCUUGUGAAUUUUGGCAGCAGUAGGUGAGGGAAUGAAGCAGGUGCUGCCUUUAUUGUAGAAGCUGUAUUUUCUCAUGUGGAAAUUUUGGCAAUUUUUCUUGCAGCCCCAACCUGAUACCAUGACAGCACUUGAUAAGGCUGGGAAAGGAGGGAAAAUGAGGAACUGAAAUACAGAGUAAAAUUAAAUAGGACAGAACUGGGAAGAGAGAAAGGCAGGAAAAGAAAUUAUCCUAGAAAAGGAAGGUAAAGAGGCAAAAAGAUACAUGCAUUUUAAAUCCAGCUUAUCAGUCACAGAUAUUAUUUAAAAAAAAAAAAGAAAAAGAAAAAAAAAAAAAGAAGCCAUGUAGGCAAUCAGAAAUGGAAACAGAAGUAGGAAAGACCGAGAAAAACAAAACAACAACCAAACAAAACCCUAAAAGCAAGGGGUUUUUUGUUUGUUUGCUUUUCUUAAAAAAAGAGGAGGUGGGAAAGUGGGCACACUCACAGUUCAACACUGUGUCCCAACUGCAGUCAUUUCUUGUGAACUUUCCAAGGAAGGACCUUCAUACUGCUUCCUCUUAAUACCUGAGUUUUAAAUUCAAACUCUACAUCAGAGCAAGCAUUCCUGCUUGAUACAUCCUCUUUUUUUCUUAACCUAACCUACAGUUCCCUUCUGCUGAGAUGCAGGAGCAAUGUUAGUGCCUAUCUGCACAUCCCCAGUAAGGCUCUCCACUGGGAGAACCCUUGUGGAGCCUAAACAGGCUUUCGCUCUUCCCAGCUGAAUGAGGUUUCUGUGCUUUGCCUUCCCCCAGGUUUAUAACCCACCUGCACCACAAGCUUGUUGAUAACCCAACUUGGGCUCAGCUUCCCUCUAGCAGCAGGAACACCGAAUGUAUUGGGGGUGCCAGUGCCAGCUCACUCAGGGCGGUGUUUUCUCAAGGCCCAGACCUGCUGGGAACUUGCUAUGUACAUCAAAAGCAUCACUCCAGUCUUAACCAUGGCUAAAUGCUGUAGAUUGUAUUGUGAAGGACUUGAUCUGUUUACUAUAAAACCAUUGUAAUUUCUGCUUCCAUAUCUCCUUUACAGAAGUAUUCCUGGAUGUUACAUGACAACCUUCUUAUGUGAAAGUACAUGCAAACUGUAGAGUGUAUAUAUUGUGUCGUUAUACGGGGUCCACGGAUAGUACACUGUGUUCCAUGGCUCACGCUGGAGCAAACUUCAGCUGUUAAAUCCUUAAAGACACCUUGAAGCACAAUUUCCUCACCACUGAUUUGCCAUAUGACUUACCACAUUCAGCCUUUCCUGUUCUCUUUUAUGUGCAGCCUGACAUACUAAAGUGUGAUUACAACAGUAACUUUGUGAGGAUAAAUAGUGGGUGUUUUCCACAUCUCAGUUCAUUUAACUAUUAGCUUAUUUGAAUGUCUGCAGUUUACCCAGACAGAUCUGUAAGUUUAGAGUACUAUCCAAAAUUUUAAAACUUACAAGGUUGGGGGUUUUAGGCUUUUCUUUAUUUUUCCUAACUCUUUAUGGUGCCUUGGUCACCUUUCAUAUGGAGCCUCCUGCUGAUCUAAGCAUAAACCUGCACUUAGGAUCACUUAAGAAGAAAGAGGUGGGGCACGUGGCAACUGUGUGUCAGUAUUGAAACUCCCUUCCCCUCCUUGAUAAGACUGAAAAAUCAAGGCAUCAUGAGUUGGACACCACUCUUCUACCUUCAUCUGCAUGAGCAGAUGGUUGCAGCCCCAUUGACCCAGAAGGCGUCAAUGAGAGAACUGAGCAUUGGCCCUCCCUGUACCAAUUCUGCACAGAAACAGGGCCUUGGUUUUGCUGAUAAUUUAUCUCACAGAAACUUGGUAUUUUUGCCUUAAAUGACAUGCUUGAGUCCUUCUAACUUUAAGUUAAUUUAUUUAAUACAAUUUUGUGCACAAAAGAAUGAGUUCUAUAAAUUAUGUAUGAAAAUGUUAAUGUCUUUACAAAGUACUAAUAAAUCCAGAAGAUCAUAUCUUUUCAAAUUAUGGUUUAAAAUCCUAAUUUUUUUUUUUUUAUGCUCACCAUUAUUAUUUUUGUAGCUGAAAGUCUUAUCAUGUAGGAAUUUUCUAACAUAAUACUGAUAGAAAAUAGAGUGAAUAUAUGAAAUUCUGGAGAGGAAGAAUUGUUUGUUUGGAUUUUUAUAAGCUUUGCUCAUAUUUCCUCAUGAGCAGUUUCCUGUUUCUAUGCUUUCGCUUUAAAAGACAGUGUCAUGAGUGACAGUCAUUCACUGGUUUCACAAAAGAAGGACCUGUGUGGCUUUUCAAGUCUUGUACUGAGCUCCUUAAAGUCCAUCUCAGGACAGCUAAUAGGAACUGUUCAUGAGUAGGGACAAAGGACAAAUUUUUUUCUGAUUACAAUCCACGUGAGGAUUGUUGAAGACAGAAUCUGAACUUACAUAAGAGUUUCAGGAAUUAAGCCUUAUCCAAGCAACUGUUUUCUGAUCAGCAUGUUUCUUGCACCUGAUUGAAAAGAGAAUAGUUUUGAUGUUUAUUAUUUGUUAAAAAAAUUGUAUUUGCUCCUGGCUUAUAUGAUCUAUACUUUUUAUUUAAAUAUUAAUAUGGUGUUUUAGCCUAGGGUUCAAGAUUGCAAAGAUCAUACACUUUUAUUCACAGUGCCCGCAGUUGUUCCCUAUAUUUUGAGAUAAUCCUAUUUAGAGAGACUUGCUCUCAUUAUAGUAUGGUGAUGAGUAAUUCACCUGCUCUUCUGUGAUAGGUCAAGUAAUACCAAAUUGCUGAUGUACCAUAGAACAUCUGGUGUACAAUAGUAUUUAUGAACUGGGACUUGCAAUCCUUACUCAAGCAAAAAUUCUACAGAAUGCCUUCAUUCUAUGGAAUUAAAUAUUUUUUCUUGAAUUGGGAGCUCAGGUUCAAAUCCCUAUUUUGUUGGGCAUCUGUUUAAAGUGAAAAUGGUAAUAUUCCAGUUAUUUCCUGAGGAAACUAAUACUUAGUUGAAUUUACCCAUGUCACAUUGACUAUAUAAAAAAUAACGCACAAAGUACUGAUGUAAAAAGGGAUGAAGAGAAGGGACAUUUUUUAAAAGUACAGAGCAAAGGAGAAUAAUCAGAAAAAAAGGAGUAAGCAGGAAAAGAAUAUACAACAGGAAGGGAAUGAAAAAAGAGUUUAACCACCUGAUGCUAAAUUCAUCCUUGGAUGGCUUCACUGACUUCAAUGAAUUCACUGCCCAACUGGGUGAAGUUCAGCCUCCAUUGGGAUAAUCAGGCUCAGUUCCAGUGACCUUAAAGGAACUGAACCCACCUGUAACAGGAAUGAACUUGCCUCUCUGGGCCAGCUUUUAUCCUGACUCAUAUAUCAUGCAAUCCUUUUGGAUUCAUUAGGUUUGGAUGAAAUACAGGUCAGAAAAGAAUUUGCCCCAGAUAUUUCUGCUUCACAUUUUUUUUCAAGUGUGUUAAUCGACUUAAAAUGGAUUACAACAUCACACAAAGUGCUGUCACUGUCUACAAAGGUUAACUGGUUUUUAAAAUAGGAACUGUCCCCUGCAGCGUCAGUGGAAGCAUGUAAUAUUUUCCUGUCCAUUCAUCUGGGUGUAAAUGUGGCUGUUCAUUUAGCUGUGGCUACAUAUACGACAAUUCCAGACAUAUCCAAUAUCAUCUGCUAUUGGAAGCAUUUUUUUACUUCUUUGAAAGAUAAAGAGACAGUUUCAUAAGAGGCUUAAGAAAUGAUGAAAGCUGCUUCCACUGACACUGCAACAUUAGCCAGUACAUUACAAUGUUAAUUGUAACUUCUUGACAACGUUGAAUCCAUAUUGUUGUUAAUAAAAAUGAUUUUAAAAGUA